CAGGUGGCAUACCAAAGGAGAUUGGACAUCUUACAUCCUUGAAUCAUCUGCUGCUUUAUGAAAACAAAUUGACAGGUUACAUACCAAAGCAAAUCGGAAACCUCACUUCACUAUUAAAGCUGGAUCUUGCUUCCAAUAAGUUGACGGGUGAAUUGCCGGAAGAGCUUGGUAAUCUAGCAGGCCUCGAGUCCUUAACGGCGUCGUUCAACGAUUUCUUGUUUGGUUCCAUCCCUUCUUCCAUAUUCAAUUUAUCAAGUUUGAUGGAACUCUCUCUUCAGCAGAAUCAGUUUUCCGGUAGCCUUCCUUCAAACAUGGGGCUCUCACUUGUGAAGCUUUCUUUAUUUUUUAACAAACUCACCGGCAAAAUUCCAACCUCCAUCACCAACGCUUCUCAGCUUAUUAUGUUGGAAUUGAACAGAAACUCAUUCACUGGCUCCAUCCCCGACUUGGGUAAUCUAAGACAUCUGCGAUACCUUCGCCUCUGGGAAAAUAAUUUGACAGCAACUGAAUCUCCCAAUCAACAACUCACAUUUCUCUCUUCAUUGACUAACUGUCGCGAUUUGGAGAUAUUGGAAAUAUCAAACAAUUCAGUGAUGAAUGGUAUCCUCCCAUCUUCCGUUGGGAAUUUAUCUACUUCUCUUGUCACUUUUUCAGCAUCUAACUGCGGCAUUAGAGGGGUUAUUCCUUCUGAAAUUGGAAACUUAAGCAGUUUGCAAACUUUGGAUUUAUCUGGGAAUCAAUUCACAGGAUCAAUCCCGACCACAAUUGGAAAAUUGAAGCAACUUGGAAUAUUAUAUCUUUAUGGUAACCAGCUGCAAGGAUAUAUCCCUCAUCAUCUUUGCAGAAUCAGUAAUUUGGUAGAGUUAUAUUUGAGUGGUAAUAUGCUCACAAGUUCAAUACCUGAAUGUUUUGGUGAACUUAAAUCCCUUCAAACACUCUCUUUUGCCUCAAACAAGCUGAAUUCCACACUUCCUUUCAACUUCUUCAAUCUUCCAGGGCUCAUAAAUCUCGACUUGUCAUCAAACUAUCUGAGCGGUCAACUUCCUGAUCAAAUCGGAAGUUUGACGGCUAUCAACUACCUAGACUUGUCUUCUAACAAGUUCUCAGCAAACGUUCCAAACACGAUUGAUGGUUGUGAAUCACUCGAGUCCUUGUUUUUGUCAAAUAAUAUGUUGAAUGGAUCCAUCCCUGAAUCUUUGGGGAAGGUCAGAGGCUUGACGAAUCUGGAUCUAUCCAGUAAUAAUCUCUCUGGCGUGAUACCCGAAUCUCUGAAAAAUCUGGGUCUCGAAUCUUUCAAUGUUUCUUACAACAAAUUGCAAGGAAAGAUUCCAGAUGGGGGUUGCUUCGCCAACUUCAGUUUUGAAUCUUUUGUUCAGAACUCUGGUCUAUGCGGCGCUGCAAGAUUUCAAGUGCCACCUUGUCCGAGAAAUCGUGGAAGAUCAAGAUCGGAAACAGUUGCUCUGAUAAUGAAAUAUGUUGUGCCACCCUUCAUUGCAGCUGUGAUUUUAGUGCUCAUCCUAGUUUUCCUGCUAAAGAGACGCAGACAAAAAAAUACUCCAGCUUCUGCUGAUGUUUCAUCUGUGGGAGUGUCGUGGAAGAUUGUCUCAGAAAGAGAACUCACGCAGGGGACGAGCUCGUUUAGUGAGAUAAACCUACUGGGAAGAGGGAGCUUCGGCUCAGUGUUCAAAGCAAUGCUUAGUAAUGAAACAGAUGUGGUAGCAGUCAAAGUGUUCAACUUGGAACUGGAAGGAGCGCUCAAGAGCUUUGACACGGAGAGCCGGAUACUGAGCACCAUUCGACACAGGAACUUGAUCAAGAUACUCGGCUGUUGCAGCAACGAGCAGUUCAAGGCCUUGAUUCUUGCUUACAUGCCUAAUGGGAGUCUGGACAAAUGGCUGCAUUCCGACGUGUAUGUUUUGGAUCUGAUGCAGAGGUUGGACAUAGCCAUAGACGUCGCGUUGGCCUUGGAAUAUCUUCACCACAAUCACACGUUUACCAUUGUGCAUUGUGAUAUAAAGCCCAACAAUGUGCUGCUUGAUGAAGAUAUGACUGCUCAUGUUGGUGAUUUUGGCAUUUCUAAGCUGUUUGAGGAUAGGGAAGCUGUCACUCAUACUAUAACCAUGGCAACUAUCGGCUAUGCAGCACCAGAGUAUGGAUCAGAAGGAAAAGUAUCCACACAAGGGGAUGUAUAUAGCUAUGGGAUAUUGUUGUUAGAGAUUUUUACGAGUAAGAAGCCAACGGAUGAAAUGUUCAGCGCGGAAAUGGGCUUAAAGGAGUGGGUGGGGAAAGCAUUACAAGAAAAUAGGAUGAGUGGAGUUGUGGCGCCUGGUUUGCUAUCAAGACAAGAUCCACAUUUCUCUGCAAUGGAGCAAUGUGUGUCGUCUGUUUUUGAUUUGGUGAUGAAAUGUUUGGCCUUUUCACCCGAUGAGAGAAUCAACAUGAUGCAAGUAGCAGCUUCAUUGCACAAGUUCAAAGUUACACUAGAAGCAGCCAAGAAGAGGCAAAGCCGCAGAUCUUGAUUAAGGAUAAUACUUAUAGCAAUACUUAGUAUAUAGAUUCGAAUUUUCCAGUUCUCUGCUGCCUUCUGAGAUAUAUAUAUUAUUAUGGGAUUGUGUGUUUACAUUCUACAAUUAUUCAAAAUUUUCUAAUAUAAGAUGUUUCC